AUGGAGGCACCAACAGAGGAGGUAACUAGGCUGGUCGAGUACUGCGAGGAAAGGGGACUCUCCCUCGUUGUCGGGUGUGACGCCACCGCACACCAUCUGGUGUGGGGACACACGAACACUAACGACCGGGGGACGACCCUACUCGAGUACCUGACCUCUACGAACCUCGAGAUCACCAAUAGAGGUAACGAUCCAACCUUCAUGAAUGUAAGGAGGAGAGAGGUAAUCGACAUUACACUCUGCUCAAGGCAGCUAGUAAGGGGAAUCGUGACAACAGGAAAUAUGGAUCAGAAACCCCAGGCGAACGAACUGGAAGGAAUACAGGAAGAACCUGGAGGAGAAACUCAAAACAAGGUUCCCAAUACACACGAUAGAAGAGCUAAACACUGCGGCAGAAUUGCUGCAGAGGGCCACCGAGAAAAGCUAAAGAAAGCAACCCAAGCUCUACUCAGGAAAGCAGUAAAGAGCAAUGAUGGCCAGAAAUGGAUAGCCUGGAGAAGUAAACAGAAGGAAUACCGCCAUGCUGUAAAGAAAGCCCAGACCGAGAGUUGGAGGGAAUACUGCAGUAGCGUGAAAGCUGGCAAAGAGGCGGCUAGGCUUAACAAGAUCUUAGCACGCAAUCCCGAAGCCUGGUUAGGAGCGGUGAAGCUCCCCACUGGCAAGUAUACGGAAUCGGACGAGGAGACGCUGGAGCACCUCAUGGAGCCGAACUUCCCCGGCUUAUGA